AUGUCUAAAAUUAAUUUGGACGGAGUUUCAAAACUUGAUUCCAAUGAGAUUUUCAAUUGGCUUGAAGGAUUUGAUGAUGAGCAAGCAGAAAAUUCGGAUGUGGGUGGCAACAGUGACGGGGAAGAACAAGUAGAAUUUCAUACGAGAACAUUGUCUACCCGUAACUCUUUAGAUCUGUCACCAGUGUCAUCCACCGAAAAGGAACCCAAUAAAGAUGAGGCCAGCCUGGAUCCAGUGGGGAAUAAUUGGGAUACAGGCGAUCUCGCAGAAGUCGCAGAAGUAAUAACAGAUUCAGAUACUCUUAUAUCAAGAUCAAGCGAUCCAGCACAAAUAACAAUUAACUCGAAGACGAUUGACCUAAUAAUAACAGAUCCGAUUGUGCAAAAUUUAAACAGUUUUGACUUUGAAAGCUCAAAAAGGGUAUAUGACGGAUCACAAUCACGCUACGCAUCAAAAAAAAUAUUUUUCUCGAAACUUCGAAAUGGUGAAAAGGUUCGACGAGAGUGGCUCCUAUAUUCUGUUUCGAAAAAGUGUGUUUUUUGUUUACCGUGUAUGUUAUUUAAUGAAGAUCGUACAAAAUCUUUUGUUAAAGGAUUUAACGAUUGGAAAAAUGUAAAUAGAAUUGAAAUGCACGAAUCUUCAGAAGAACAUUUAAAUAACACCAAAACGUUCGUAACUCGGUCUAAUUCUUUGGGCAAAAUCGAUACAGGAAUUCACAGACAAUUUUUAGAUGAAAAGAAAUACUGGAUUGAAAUUCUUCGUCGAGUAUUGUCCACAAUAAAAUUUUUAGCAAGCCGUGGUUUAGCGUUUAGGGGUACAACAGAGAAGUUCGGGAAAAAUGACAACGGCAAUUAUUUAGGCCUUUUAGAGUUAAUAGCCCAGUUUGAUCCAUUCCUGGAUAAUCACAUACAAAAGUUUGGAAAUCCAGGACGUGGAAAUGUUUCAUAUUUGUCAUCUACUAUUUGUAACGAGUUUAUUCACGUUAUCGCUCGACAUAUUCGUGAUUUUAUUAGCUUCGAAGCGAAAACAGCGAAAUAUUUUUCCAUUUGCGUCGAUUCAACACCUGAUGUGAGUCACUCGGACCAGCUUACUUUUAUUCUUAGAUAUGUGUUAUGUGACGGCUCUCCUACUGAGCGUUUUAUUACAUUUAUAAGUAAUAUAGGCCAUAAGACAGUUGACAUGGAAACUGCAGUUUUAAAAAUUUUAACCGAACUAAAAUUAGAUCUUCAAGAUUGUAGAGGGCAGUCAUAUGACAAUGCUAGUAACAUGUCUGGUCAAUAUUCAGGUUUGCAGGCUCUUAUUAAAAAAAGAAAUUCUCUAGCAUUAUUUAUCCCCUGUGCAGCACAUUCACUUAAUUUAGUAGGAACUUGUGCAGCUGAAUGUUGCAAUAUGGCCACUUCCUUUUUUAUGUUUGUAGAAGAAGUAUAUAACUUUUUCUCAGCAUCCACGCAUAGGUGGCAAAUAAUGAUAAGAGAAUUAAGUAACGUUUCCAAUGCGCGCGUUCCUAAAAAGUUAUCCGUUACUCGAUGGUCUGCUCGUGCGGAUUCUUGUAAAGCAAUUACUUUAGGCUUCUCUGCAUUUAAAAACGCUUUAAUACUUAUUGCAAAUGAUGUUACACAACCAAAUAAAAGUAGAGCAGAAGCAAAUGGACUUAAAAGUCGUUUCGAAGAAUUGGAAAUGGGAAUUUUAUUACAACUAUGGACUGAUAUUUUAACGGAGUUUGAUAAAGUUAGUAAAUCUUUACAGGCCAGAGAUGUCGAUGUUUCAUUAGCAGUAAAUUUAUACACAUCGCUAGUUGGAUUUAUCGCACAACAACGCGAACGUUUUUCGUAUUAUGAAGAAUGUGGCAAAGCUCUUACAAACAGUUUAAAGUAUAAAUUCGACAAUAGACGAAAAAAAGGUAGAAAAAUGCACUUUGGUGAAAAUAAAGAGGAUAACAUUGCUGAAGAAUUAAAGAGACGUCAAAGUGCUUACGUUGAUAUUUCAGACAUGUUUGGGUUUUUAUAUUUAGGUAGUUAUUCAGAUAAUGAUAUUAAAAUAAAAGCAAAUAUUCUUCAGGAGCACUAUCCAAACGAUUUAGACCUAAGUUUAGGAGACGAGUGUAUUCGAUUUAAAUAUUUUCUUGGAGAAAUAUUUUCAGAUAUUAUCAGUCCAAGGGACAUGUUACAAUUUAUAAGAGAAAAAAAAAUAACAUCUAGUUUUCCAAACAUAGACGUUGAUCUAAGAAUAUUUUUAUCUAUGGCAGUUACCAACUGCUCUGGCGAAAGAUCAUUUUCAACCUUAGAAAGGAAAUAUAUUGUAGAAAUAGAAAUGCAAGGACCCUCCACAUCCAAAGCACAGGACAGGCAGGCAGACUUGCUUCAUUGGACUAGUGAAGAAUCCAGAACUGGCACUGAACAAGAUCAACCAGAAGUAUUGGAAAUACUAAUUCCAAACCAAGAAGUAUCUUUUGUGAGUCCACACUGCAGUUCACCAAAACAUCAAGAUAAUAAGCAGUGUGACCCUGAUUCGAUUAUUGGACCAGAUGAUUGGUCGGCCUAUGCCCCCAAAAUGUUAAAGAAGAAAAAAGCAGAACCGCUUCGUUUAGGUCCCAAAAAGAAUUUGACAAAUUCAGUGGCGAAUUGGGGGAAAGCCAAGGUGGCCUAUAUUGCGGAUCAAGCAUCAUCCCUACAACAGGAAUCAAACAAAAAGCUUCAAAUUAUGAAAAUAGAGUCAGAUAGGAGGUUAGAAAUAAUGGAAGACCAAAAGAAGCAACAGCAGAAAGAGCAUGAAAUAAGGGUGGAAUUGAUGGAAAAAGAACACAAAAAAAGGAUAGAAAUCAUGAAAGAAGAGUUAGAGAAAGUAAAAAACGAAAUAGAUAUUAUGAAGGCAGAAUCGAAACGUAGAAUAGAGCUUAUGAAAUGA